AUGAUGUUUGGGUGGAACCAGGUGCAGGAGCCAGGGGAGUGUGGUGAUGAUGGAGUGUGGUGUCUCCUGACUGCCAAGAGGCAUCGACUGCCGCUAGGCAGUGCCCCUUGCAGGGCUCCUUGUUGGGCCUUGUUCACAUGCUCUGUGUGUGUGUGUGUGUGUGUAGGCAGCUACAUCACCACGAUUGGAGUGGACUUCAAGAUCCGGACCGUGGAGAUCAAUGGAGAGAAGGUGAAGCUGCAGAUCUGGGACACAGCGGGGCAGGAGCGCUUCCGCACCAUCACUUCGACGUAUUAUCGGGGGACUCACGGGGUCAUUGUGGUUUACGACGUUACCAGUGCAGAGUCCUUUGUCAAUGUCAAGCGGUGGCUUCACGAAAUCAACCAGAACUGUGAUGAUGUGUGCCGAAUAUUAGUGGGCAAUAAGAAUGACGACCCUGAGCGGAAAGUGGUGGAGACAGAAGAUGCCUACAAAUUUGCUGGGCAGAUGGGGAUCCAGUUGUUCGAGACCAGCGCUAAGGAGAACGUCAAUGUGGAAGAGAUGUUCAACUGCAUCACAGAGCUGGUCCUUCGAGCAAAGAAAGACAACUUGGCAAAACAGCAGCAGCAACAACAGAACGAUGUGGUGAAGCUCACGAGGAACAGUAAACGAAAGAAACGCUGCUGCUAAUGUCCCAGGCCACUGCAGAGACUGCACUGCGGUCCCUCUUCCAGCCCGAGGCCCGUCGGGGGCCCCUCGGGGGACAGUCUCAGUUUUGUGCCGUUAUUUAAAGAAUUCUCUCCACGUUUUUGUAUCAGGAGGCACCAUCGGCACUUCCUCCUCCCUCACCCCCCAGUGCCAAGAAGGUGUGGACCAGCCUGCCUUUCCUUACUGGUGCCCCCUCCUCCCCAGCCAUGGCGCCUGGACCUGGCGAGGAUGCUGCCAGCUGAGCGGACUGAUUAACCAUAAGAGUUUGUACAUAGUGUAUAUUGCUCUAACCAGCCGCACACCUCGUCUUGCUCUGGCUUUUGCCUCCUUAAUGCCAACCUGCUGCAAUGGACCCUCCUUGCUCCCCUCCCUGUCCCAUCUUAACCCUCAGCAGCUUCCCGAGGAGAGAGCAUCAUAUUCUAGCUGCAUCUUUGGCCAACCUACGCUGGUGAAGUGGGCUCUGUGUUGCUCAUUCUCUUCUAUAGGCUGUUGACUUCUGUCCCCAGCACACAGGGUCUUGGCCUUUUCAGGGCCUGUGCAGGCUGUCUUCCUUCCCCAUUCUCCUCUGGGAACUGGGGAACACAGCCUCAAGGUAGGUCCCCAGCCCUGUGGUUCCACAGAAGUGUCAGCCCUGCCCUCUGGCCAACAGAUUUCCUGUCCUGCCUUCUAGAUGCCUCUGAGCUGCAAACCCAGAGUAGCCGUGGCUUCUAAUUUAUACGAACAUGUUUCAGUUCCAACAGAAAGGUAGGGGUCUGUUUGUGCAGAGAUGGGGCUUACAGGGGGUAUAGGAGCAUUAUUUUAACAGAUAAAGAAAAUGAAGCCAAAUUAAAUGAAUUAAGUUCUUCACAAUUAUUUUCUUUCCCUUAGGUUUGAUGGCACAGCAGUAAAAGUUGUGGCCACCCCUCUUUGGGUCCAGUGUUUUUAGAAAAAGUGAAAGGCUUCCUGUCAUGGUGGAGCUGGGCUCUUGGCUAUGUCUUGGUGGGAAUGGAGAAAGGGCCUCCCACUAGAGUUCAAGGGUCUAUAAUGCAGCACUAGGCACCUUUGCACCUGGGAUGUGGGUACCAGGGGCUGCAGGGCUGUGGGGAUGACACCCUGCACUGGGAUGGCAAGCAGCCUUGGACCACUGACAGAAGCAUUGUAGUGCAAAGAUGGCAGGAGGAUUUCUUAGCAGUGGAAAGGAAUGCCUGGGGGCCUGGGAGAAGCUAGUUUUGAUCUACUUCAGCCCCUGGAGGAGAAACCAGGGUCAUCUGCACUUGAUUACUGCUCCCUAAGCCUGGACACUUCAUUCCCCUUUCCCCUGAAAGGAUCAAGUAACCUGGGAAGAAUUUAUUUCAACACCAUAAUGUGUUUUAUCAGAUUUCCUUUCCUAGGCGAUUUCUAGGCAAAGCCCUGAUUGGACAAUCACAUCAUAGAUCACACUGCAGAUUUUCCAUGUUAACACUGUGGGUGGGUUUUUAAUCAAUAAAAAACUGGGAGUUUCUUCUCACCUGUCUCUCCACUUGCCCAAACUGCCAAAGCUGGUGGAUCUGUGUGGCAGGUCUUCACUUUGGAGCCACAGUAUGGGCCUGGGAGCUUGGUGGGCCUGGGAGCUUGGUGGGCCUGGGAAGUGGGGGGCUGUGGCACGGGAGGGGGUGGGGCAGGGCUGGAAGGGGGCAGAAGCAGGAGCUUCGUCCUCAGGACUGUUCCUGGCAAAUGGUGGGCCUUGUGGGGAUGUUCAGUGCUGGGGGCUCCUAUACUGGUGAGUGGGGGGCACACUUGCCUCUGAGCACUCAGGUGAAGCCAGUGAGGGCAUGCUUGCAAAUUCUAGCAAUAAGUGGGGUGUCCUGGGAGCAUCCAGCCCAGGCUAGAAGCCCUCAUGGUUUCUGGCAGCUGGACAUGCAGCCCCAGGUGCUGGGGUGAUUUUGGCAAUGAUGGUGUGCCUGUCCCACUGAGUGUUAAAAGCAUGAAUGGGGGGUUGGGUGGGGGUGGGGGACACGGGGCUGAACCGAUGUCCUAGUGAACCUGAUGUGAAAUUUCUGUCAAAACUUUUCAAUGGUUUGCUAGGGUUAUUUCUGUAUUGAAAGUUUCUAAUUAUGCUUUUUAAAAAAAAUACUAAAAAUAAAGGUUCAAGCUGCCAAAUUUU